CGCCAUAUUCAAAGCAAAUCGUGACGUGUUUUGAUUACGUUUGUGUACACUCGUACUCGAUCGACUCUUGACUUGAGCUUAUAAUUAUAUUCGUAUUCAUUUUUGUGAGAAACAAUGAAUGAUAUCACAACCAAACUUAUUCUAUGCUUUUAAUGUAGAUUCUAGAAACUAGUGGAGUAAUCUAACUGAUUGAAAUGAACAAGAAAACGAGUGGGGUCUCAGCUUCGACAAGUGUCACCAAGGCCAAGCAAACAACUCUAUUUCAGAACUGGAGUUCGGGACAAAAUGUUCGACAAAAUCAAGAUCAACAAAAUGAGAUGGAUGACCAGCUUGAUGAAGAAACACUCCUUGCAGCCUGCGAGGAGUGGGACAUGGAAGAACUGCUCAAUUCCUCUUCCUCUGGCCCACCUCCGCCUCCACAGGCUACACCUCUGGAGGAUCUUCCUGGAUUCGAUGUCUCCACCGGCAACAUCUACAUCUACCCGAUCAACUACCCCCUCAGAGAUUAUCAGUUUAAUAUCGUCCGCCAGGCCCUCUUUAAGAACACCCUGGUUACACUACCCACCGGUUUAGGCAAGACGUUCAUUGCUGCCGUUGUCAUGUAUAACUUCUAUCGGUGGUAUCCUAGAGGAAAGAUUGUGUUCAUGGCUCCGACCAAGCCGCUUGUCUUUCAGCAGAUUGAAGCCUGCUUCAACAUUAUGGGUAUACCUCAAGAAGAUAUGGUAGAAAUGACUGGAAACAUGCAUCCACCUGAAAGGAAGAAAAGUUGGCAGGUGCAGAGGGUGUUCUUCUUAACCCCUCAGGUCAUGACCAAUGACCUCAGUAGAAGGGCGUGUCCUGCAACCGACGUGAAGUGUGUCAUAGUGGAUGAGGCCCACAAAGCUCUUGGCAACCACGCUUACUGCCAGGUUGUACGUGAAUUGUCAAAAUACACCAGCCAGUUCAGGGUGCUAGCCCUUAGUGCAACACCAGGUGGGGACAUAAAGGCAGUUAAUCAGGUCCUUAGCAACCUUCUAAUAUCUCACAUUGAGAUUCGAUCGGAGGACUCGAUAGAUAUCAAGCAGUACGUCCAUGAACGGAAGGUGGAGAAAAUAGUUGUUCCUCUCGGAGAUGAGCUCAAGCAGGUCAAAGAACAGUAUCUUCAGAUCAUAAAAGUGUUUGUGAAUCGGCUGGUGAGAUGCCGUGCCCUUUUCUGUCGUGACCCCGAGACCCUGUCCAAAUUCCAGAUUCUGAAAUCAAGAGAAGCCUUCAGGCAAGACCCACCACCAGAGAUCACAGCUGCUAGGAGAGGUCCAAUUGAGGGCGACUUUGCCAUCUGCAUGAGCCUGUAUCAUGGCUUUGAGCUUCUCCUUCAGCAUGGGCAGCGCUCCCUCUACAGCUUCCUUCUCGGCACCAUCGAUGGGUCAAAGGGCAACGCUAGGAAACGGUCCGAGCUCAUGCGGAACGCCGACUUUUCCAAUCUCAUCGAGACGCUGGAGGCAAAGUAUGCAGGAUCCAUGAACACCAGUCACAAUACCAGCCAUAAUACUUCCUCCCACAACUCCAGCGGAUUGUUUACGUCCAUGAGUUCUCCGUCGUCAAGGGCAACAGGGUCGAAGGGCAUCGGUGGAUGCAAAGAGGAAGUGGAGGAGUAUGUCAGCAGCCACCCCAAGAUAACAAAGCUGAAGGAAGUCGUUUUAGAACACUUUGAAAAGUUCACAUCAGACCACAAAGCAGAAGAAGGGCCGUCGACCAGCAGCAAGGCUCCUAGUAGACCCAGCACCAGAGUGAUGAUCUUUGCACAGUAUCGUGAUAGCGUCCAGGAGAUUACCCACAUGCUCAACCGUCACAGGCCUGCGGUGCGUUGCAUGAGCUUUAUAGGUCAGGCCUCAGCGGGGAAGAACACCAAAGGAUUCUCACAGAAAGAACAGAUCAGGGUGGUCAGUGAGUUUAAAAAUGGCGGCUACAACACCUUGGUCUCUACAUGCGUUGGAGAGGAAGGGUUAGACAUUGGUGAUGUGGAUCUGAUUGUAUGCUUUGAUGCUCAUAAGAGCCCUAUCAGACUGGUCCAGAGGAUGGGAAGGACCGGGAGGAAGCGAGAAGGCAGGAUUGUCAUGCUGGUGACAGAGGGCAAAGAAGCAGCAAUCUAUGAUCGCAGUCAGUAUAGCAAGAAGGGGAUCCACAGAGCCUUGCAGGGUAACAACAAAUCCCUCCACCUCUACCCCUGCAGUCCAAGAAUGAUCCCAAGAGGGCUCAACCCCACCGUUCAUAAGAUGAACAUCAAGGUGGGAGAGUACCACAGCAAGCACAAAACCAAAAUGGCUGCUCCUUCUUCCAGCCUCAACACCACCACCAUCAAAAGCAAGAGGAAAUCCAGUAUGGGUGGAGAUAUAUCCAGAUUUCUCCAAGGAACCAAAGCCGACGCUGCAGAGGAUGUAUUCCUUACCUAUGAAGAGCUUGCCUUCUGGAACCUCCAUUACAAGGUCGAUCAAGAGGAGCUACUCAAAGCACCACAAAGAACUCAGUUCCUCUCCCUGAACAAGCAAGCAGUUCAAGAGGUUUCCUUGCCAAAUGACAAGGAGCUGUCACUUAACUCCUUUGCAGAGUGGCAAACUAACAAGCAGCUGACCCACAAGGUUUCCCAUUCACGACGCUGCGAUGUCUUUGUGGAAAUGAUGGAAUUCCUUGAGAUACAAGGUCACACCGAAGACGAGGAUAUCUAUGGGGCAGAAAUGGUGCUUUACUUGGAUGAAGGGGAUGUACUGAGAAAGAAGGAAACAGAGAAGAAAGGAAAGGAGGGGAUCCUGAGAUACUGUUCUCAGGAAGGCAAGAAAAAGAAGGAUAAGGACAUAGUCGUAGAUGAAAAUGAAGGAGAUUGCAAUCAAAAUGAAAGGACUAGCAAAUCAAAGAAAAGGGCGAGAGGUCAGAAGAAAGUAAAGAGUACAUCUUCAGAAGCAGAACUUCUUGGUAGUGAUGAUGAUCUUCCUGCUGUGGACCUCUUCAGUGAACCUAGUGAAAGACAAGACAGAAACUCAGAAAAGACUGAGAAGCACAAAGGUAAAACAGACAGGAAGAAGAGCAAAAAGUCAUCUGAUGAUGGGAGCAGUAGUGAUGGGAAGGCAGGAGGCAGGAGGAACAGUAAAAGUCCAAGGGGUGGGCAAGACAGCAGACUAAAGAGAAAACCGAUACCGUUGCCGUGUGAUUCCGAUGAGGAUGAUUUUGACACUGACAGGAGAAGUGUUACCCCUCCAAGACUUCUCGGUGCUAGUACAACAGGUGAACUUCAUCAACCGAAAGUGGUUAAAACGGAAGAGAGAUCGACUGGUCCAGAUCAGGAUGGACUCCAGGACGAACCUAUGGACACUGCGAGUGAUGAUGACCAGGCUGAACUGCCUUUGAAACCUUGCACAGCUCCUACAAGCAGCCCGUCCAAGAAUCACCAGGAGUGUGCCAAGAGUGACACGUCUUUGAAUACUUCUGAUAUCUUUCUCUCUUGCACCCAAGCCUUCAGAGCCCCUGUGGUUCCUUCAGGGGCAUCAAGAAAGGACAAAGGUAGAUGUGAAAGUACAAGUGAUGACGGAGAAGAUGACCUGAUGCCACCCCCUCCACCUUCCCUCUCUGGUCUUGAUCUUCUGGAUGAUAUUGAUCUGUCAUUCAAUGCCUCACAACUUGCCAGAGAAGACACAUGGAAAAGGAGUUCACCAAAGAAAGAGCCUCACAAACCAGGGAUAGGAGUAGAUCCUGAUGAACCUCUGAUUGCUUCAUCUCUUGGAAUGAAUGAUAAAGGCAGCCUGGAAUGGGAAGAGCAUGAAGAGGAACAAAACACAAGGACAAAACAUGUUACAAGUGAAAUGCUCUGUAGCUCAAUACAAGAUGAGAAUAGAACUGAUAUCAGCAGUGCAGUAAGACGUGGCAGAACUUAUGGUACGGAUAUAGAGUCGGGUGCUGUUAGUCCAAAUAGUGAUAAGCCUAGGAAUAAAAAUGUAAUAAAUCAUAGAAAAUUCCUAGAGGCUGGCAUUCAGAAAGUAGGUGAAGUUGUCUCCAACAAAGAGAAAGGCUCUAUCACUGCAGAAGAAACUGGUGAUGAGGAGGAGAUGAAAAAUAUUGCAGUUGAGCUUGUGGAGGCGUGGGACAACUUUGAGGGGGAUAUCUUUGACGAUGAUGAUGUUGAUGAUGAGCCUGUAUCCAAUAACAUGACCAAAUCUCCGGUCAUUUCACCAAAAAGUAAGCAAGUUGUAAGAAGAACAGUGGAUAUUAAGAAUGGUUCCAUGGCUAUUAAAUCACUUGAAGCCUAUUCUGAAGAAGACACAGACCAGAGAACUGGAUUCAAAGUUUCCGCAGCAUCUCAUGGUAUUAGACCAUGCACCAACUCAGAACCGCAGAAGAAGUUACCCAUAGAGGCCAGACAAAGCUCUGUAACACCAGAGAGGUCAGUAAACAGGUCGGAUCAUGACCAAGAGAUAAGAGGUGCUGCUGUUUGCAGCCCCGGCAAUGAACUUCUGAAAAUCCAACCACAACUCAAACAUGCAAGCACAGGAGAAAAUAAGAUAAAGCUUACACAACAACCCAAGUUUGAUCUGGGUUUUGACUUUGGCGAUUUUUUCGAUAUGGACGAUAUGGAUGAUGAGGCCUUUGACGAGAUUGGAAUUGUCCCUCCUUCGCCUCAGGUCAGCCAGAAGAGGUCAGGGUUCAUGGCGAUGUCACAAGUGUCAAAGUCUACAAUCAGGCCAGAAAUUGGCGCAAGGAAUCAUCACCGAGUCACAGCUGUAGCUUCAUCUGUUGAAUCCAAAGUGAAUGAAGGAAUUAAGAAACAAGAAUUCAAGCCUAAAGGUAGUCCAACUCCUCAGAAUCAAUUCAGUUCAGCAAGAGAAGCAGCUGCUUUUGGUGAUGAAAUUCAUGCUUUGGAAGCAUCCAAAAUAUCUAAGAUAGAAGGCAAGGCGCCUUCCUUGAGUAGGUUUAAGCGUAACCCGAUGCAUUCUGUAAACCCAAAUAAUCUCCAAGCGAUGGAGUCUUUGGCGCCACAAAAGAAAGUAGAGACAUCUCCCGAGAGGUCUGGUAAAACGUGCAUGGAUACAACAGUGAAGAUGGAGCAACACCCUGUAGCUUCAACUCCAGUAUUGUCAGAUGUCCCAAGGGGUGGUCUGAGGCAUCAAGGUAGUACUGUAUCCCCUAUUGGACAGUCUGGUCAAGGAGAUGGACAGUCUGGUCAAAGAGAUGUUAAACAGGUGGAGACUCCUAGCUCACAUCUGCAGAAGGCAAAACCCUUAGGUACACAGCGCAGCAGGCUCAGUAUCAAGAGAAAGGAUGGUGCAGGACCGAAGCAAAGUGCCGGAUCAUCCAUCCCAGAUCAGUCUUCCAGACCGGCAGCUCUUCCUGGCAAGAGGAAAAGUUCCCCUCUAGUUGAUGAAGGACACUUUGAAGAUACCUUAGUAUCCAAUCCUCUGAAAAGGCCAAAGACAUCCUCCAAGCAAGAAACCAGCCUUUCGCUUGACAAAACAGAAGGGUAUGGCAUGAAGCCAUCUUUGGGACAUGGAGGUGGGAAGAUGGUAGAGAAAGAUGAUAUUCACCUACUUCUUGAAGACAUUGAUUGGGAAGAAUCUCUCGUAGCCGAUGACACGCUUACAAAACCUGGAAAAGGGAUUCAUAGAUUGGAAAGUAUCAGAGAUGCUACGGGUACCACAAAAUCUAAGACAGGCUCCCAUUCUUCCGACGAUGAUGAUACUAAUCUUCGCCUACAUCAUGAAGAUAAUGAUGAAGAGAGUGAUGACAGUGAAGAUAUCAUUGGAAGAGUUGCUAAGAAGAAAAGAGCUGUGGUAUUGACGUCACCUGACACACCCACAACAUUUAAGACACCACUUCGCUCACGUCAUGCUGUAACACCAUUAUCUGUCAAAGAGAAGUGUGUUCAUGUCUUGUCUGGCUCCUCUUCAGACGAUUCUUUCUUCAUCAUUCAGCCUAAGAAGAGAAAAGCUAGGAAGAUACUUGAUAUGAGUAGUAGCAUCAUAAUACCAGAAGAAGACGAUGACUUUCAAGACCCUGCGAAGCAGAUUGUGCAAGCUAAGGUGGUCAGGAACAUUGAAGGAGAGCACAGGAGAGAUGAUGUUCCACUCAAGCAAAGAAUAGAAAUGAAGGAAAGGAGAAAUAAACACAAGAAGUCAUCGAAUCGCCAUCAUAAAGCAGCACAUUUCCUGGAUGAAGAAGCAGAGGUGUCUGAGGAUGAAGAGUGCUCGUCUGACGAAGAUGACUCGGAUCUUGAUAACUCCUUGGAAGGCUUCAUUAAUAAUGCUUCUCAAUCCAGCCAAACAACAUGCCCACAUGAUAUGCAUGCCAUGUAUAUGAAAUCAGUGAGAAGCCCCCCAGUACCAGGUCCAGGCAGCCGCUUCAAGAUGGCGCACCGUCAUUCCCCAGACAUGAAUGUCUUCUCUCAGGUGCCGCAUCAAGAUUCCACUUACAUGGAGGACAGCUUCGUAGUCCAGGGUGGGGAGGAGGAGGAGGAGGACCAAGGAAUGAGGGAAGACAUCAGCUUGGUUACUAUGGACAACACCAUCAAUCUGGACAACAUCAUUGAUGGAGGAUCUAGGAGGAGAGGAGGAAGGAGAUUAAGGAGCAGGGUCGGGGAGAGCAAGGCAGCGAGGAUAUUGAGGGCAGGAAGGGCAGCUGUGUUAAAGUCGGACUCAUCGCAUUCUGAUGUGGAAGAGGCAGCAGAAGACGAUGAUUUGAUGGACUGGGAAAUAGAUUUAGAUUUCGAAGAUUGUAGAAAGAACCAGAGGAAAAACCACUCAAAUCACCCAGCUUUAGCAAAAGGAAGACAGCUUGGGGAUCACAAGAUGUUGGUAAAGGGGAUCGUAUCCUCAAAACCUUCUACUGGUGAUUGGAUUAGCAAGCCUAAAACAGAUACACAACCGUUUGAAGUUAAUUCCAAGGAUGUGCAUGCUGUAAGGGAAAAGAUUAAGUCACCACUUAAGACGAACUAUGCUUUGAUGAAUUCUGAACGGAUCAAAGAGGGCUCUGUUGAUCCAGACAAAGGAUUAUCGAUAUCAAAACCCUGCACCUUUAUUCCCCCUCGACCGGCUGCACCCAGCAGUAGCUCCUCGAUUGAUUCCCCCCAAACUCUGGCUCAGAGGGAAAAGGAGGAGAGACUGAGACGACAGAAACAGAAACAAGCAGAUUUCCUGCAGAAGUUGCAGCAGAAGCGAGCACAGUCGUCAUCUCAAACGGCGGCAAACAUCAGCCCUCACCAAAGAACGUUAUCAUUGUCAUCUUGGAGUCGCAAGAAGGAGGAAGGCAUGGGUAAAACGACCACGACUAAUCAUCCAAUGUCUCAUGCAAGUCCUGGUUCAAACACAAGAUGUGCCCUUCCAAACUCUGAGGGAUUUAAAGUCACUGAUUCGUCGGGAGAGGGCAGUUUAAGUAUGAAAAGUGAAGCAGCAAGCAAGGAUGCAAGCACCACUAUCACGAACAGAAACACUGACUCAAGGCUGGAUAGGAGUACACCUGCAGUCUCAGCAUCCAACAAAAUCAAUCACAAUCUAACCAUGAUGGAUAAUACAGUAGCCAAUGCCACAAUGUCUACGACCGCUGUGAACAGUUCAGCUCUUAGCAGCCCUCGAGUGAGUACGUCAUCAGUUGGUCAAGUGCCUCUGGUCAUCCUAGUGGAUAGUAAGGAGUUGUCCAGUGCCCCUCACAUAGUAUCUACCUUGACCAUUACCCAUGGACUCAAUCCUAUUGUUAGUCAGCUCCAGGGGUGUGAUUAUGUAACCAGUACCCGCAUGGGGGUGGAGAAACGCACCCUAAGUGAAUUUGCCAAUGGAGCUAACAAGCAGAAGCUUCUAGACAGAGUGCGUCAUAUGUGUGAGCUCUUUGACAGACCUACUCUUAUCAUUGAGAAGGACAGAGAUAAAAACAGAGAUAAGAGACAACCACCAAAGACAUUAAUCAGAACCAAAUAUUUGGAUUCGACGUUGGCUGCCCUGACCAAGACCCAUGUCAAGAUACUCUUCUCAGAUUCAACAGAAGAGACUGCUCGAAUCUUGGCAGACUUGACAAAGAUUGAGAGCAGAAAAGGAGCUGAAAUUCCAGUCAUCUCGGAUAUGGAUUCUACCUCAGAACAGGUCUUGAAGUUCUACCAGUCUGUCCCUGGAGUGAGCUAUGUAACGGCACUCAGCCUCAUGCGUCAUUAUCCAUCCGUUGCAGAGCUCCUGUCAACGUGUGCACCCGUCUUGCAGUCAAGGAUUAAAGUAUCGUCCGUUCGAGCAAAACAGAUCAUGACCUACAUCAACCACUGCUUCGACGAGCAGAUGACAGGGUCAAGGUGACCUUUGACCUUUAAAUUACGAGCAUGGCUGUGGAUAGCCUGAUAUUUGAACUCAUUCUUAUGUUAAAGCUUAUCUGUACUAGUUCGUAGGAGGGAUUAGACCACCCUGCAAGGUCACUGGACAGGUGGUUAUCUCAUCAACUCAGCUCUCAGUUAACAUAAGAAAAAGAGGAUCAUGGGGGACCAAUGUUCACCGAUUACGCAUUUGUUAUAUAGAGGGCGAAAGUAGCUACAAGUAGUGCAGUUGGGCUUUAAGUCAUAGCAGUUGUGGGUGAGCUUGCCUGAAAGUCUGAGAUUUUCGUUGGGAGUAGCAUUUCUUGAAAGUCAGAGAGUUUAAAAAUUACCUCAUCAGAAAAUUAUAACAAAAAUCAUAGCCUGGCGCAGAUAAUAAUUGCAAUAGUGAAGAGAAGAAGCAAUGAACGUGUGAAGAACAUGGAAUCAUGUCUUUGAAGUAAAUCCGUACAGUACAAUUUGUUUCAAGCAAUUAAAUGUAAUGUUUGAAGGGAACUAAUAACAUGGAAUUCAUAUAUCUACAGCUAGUAUGUUUAAAAUCAUCAACAGCAACAACAACAUUAGAAGAAGAAAAAAAAAAUCAGCAUUUUAUACCCAUAACAGAGGAGGCGCGAUAGCUCAGUUGGGAUAACAGUGGUCUCGUAUUCCGGUGACCUUGGUUUGAAACCAAGUCAAUACGCUAGUGCCCUUUGGUAAGGCAUUAAUCCUCAUUUCCAGGUCCCUCGAAGUGAACCUAAAGCCGUCGGUCCUCUGGUUGCUUACUAAUAAUCAUUUAUGCUUUUUUAGCAGUCAAGUAAAAUAACCACCACUAAACUAACAGGUAUUAAAAGGAAUAUUUAUAAGAAAAUAACGGAAAAUGUAAAAAAGAUAUACUCUCAGAAUAACAUUUUGACUUUGUUUUUAUGCACCUAUGGGUGAGGCAAGCAGUUGAAUCACAAGUUUUACCUUCUUCUGUUCGUAAACAUGCAAUUUCUCUUGCUAUUGCAGGAGCUUGUUUUGUUUUAUGAAGCAAUAUUUUUGAUGUACAUGUAUCAUACCGUCGUGAAACUAAAAACAUCAAGAGCAAAAUCAUUUUGGAUGAUGGUCCCCUUUAAUGGGUCAUCCUUUCGGUAUGUUAGAAAAACAUAGUGAUUAUUAUGUAGUAUGUGAAAAAGAGGAUGUGCCUUCAUUUAAUUUAUUUAUUUAUUAACAUUUAUUUCCUUCUCAACGGUACAAUAUAAAACACAAUGUAUAUAUCAAUUAUAUAUGUAAUAAUGAUUUCAACAUAGAGUAUACAGUAAAUAAUUCAGAUAACAGAAAGAGGCGAAAACCCGAAAAGCAAAGCUUGAGUUGGGAACGCCUAUAAUAAGUUAACACAGUUACUGAGAGAACAUUAUAGAUAUUAUUAUGCAAUUACAUAUUGUAUAACACAAUGUUGAUAGGAAAGAAAAAAUAGUAAAUGGAAGAAAAACUGAAAAGAGAAUUAAGUAUAGGAAGGCAUGUUCACUUAUAAAGGGAAAGUUAACUCAAUUACAUACUCCAAGCCCUCCAGGGCUGUCUUGGGCUGUGUAUGUGCCUACGAUUACAAUUAGGAGAUAUUGGCCAUAAUGAAUAUUCACAUUAUCAAAUUUCUUUUUAUCUUAAACGAUUGCAGUAAUCAGUCAAAUCUUCUGGUAAAAUUGAUUACCUGACAUGGUAUGAUAGAUAGAUACCAUAGUCAAAAUGAAAGUGCAUAAGUAAAGCCCUUAGUAAACUCAUGCUAUGAAUGCUUGAAUAAAUAUGAAUGUGUGAGAUGAUAUACAUUUAAACACUUAAGCAUUGGUAGCAACUACUGCACUUUAAUUCAUAUGAACUCAUCAUGGUAACAAAUUUAUAAAAUGUCAUGUGGCUAUAUUUUUAGCCAAUGCAUUUGUCUUAUUUGUAUUUUUUUUUUCUUCCAAUUAUGUCUUCAUAUGUCAUCAGGUUUAUGUGCUACAGAAAGAAUGUGCAAUUUUCAUAUUAGUGUCAAAGUAUGAUUUAUACACGUAUGUAAAGCAAUAAAAGCAAAGGCUUAUAAUAACAAAAGAUUCAUUCUCUGA